AUGAAUAAUUUAAUAAUUGUUUUUCUAUUUGUUACUAUUAGUUUUUCAAUAAUUUAUUUUAUAAAUAAAUACUUUGCUUACAACAACAAUAACAAUAACAAUAACAAUAACAAUAACAAUAACAAUAAUAGCAACAAUAACAGUAACAUCAACUAUAUUCAACAUGCUACCCCAACUAGCAAUAAUAGCAGUGUUUCUUACACACAACGUUCUGGCCCAAUCAAUAAUGGUUACAUCAGCUGCACACAAGAGUCUACCCCAAUCAACAAUAAUAGUAGUAUUGCCUACACACAACGUUCUGGCCCAACCAAUAAUGGCGACAUCACCUGCUCAAUCAAUAAUGGUUACACCACCUGCACUCAACAGUCUACCCCAACUAGCAAUAAUAGCAGUGUUUCUUACACACAACGUUCUGGCCCAAUCAAUAAUGGUUACAUCAGCUGCACACAAGAGCCUACCCCAAUCAACAAUAAUAGUAGUAUUGCCUACACACAACGUUCUGGCCCAACCAAUAAUGGCGACAUCACCUGCACACAGGAGUCUACCCCAAUUAACAAUAAUAGCAGUAUUGCCCAUACACAACGUUCUAGCCCAAUCAAUAAUGGUGACAUCGCCUGCACACAAGAGUCUAACCCAGUCAACAAUAACAACAUCAACUACACACAAAUUUCUACCCCAACCAAUAAUAAUUUAACUCUAAAUCAUUGUGACCAAUCCCCACAACAACACUCACAAAAUACAACAGAAAACCAUCAAUCACCAGCACACCAAUUUAUCUGCUCAAGUGUCUCAUCGCUCAAUCUCCCACAAUCUCAAUUUCAUUCAAAUUCUUCUCAAAAACGUAAAACCUCAAAUUCACAAACAUAUUCAUCGGUUCCAUCAACAAUUGCAUCAACUGGAAAUCAUUCAACCAAGAAAAGAUCAUUAGAAUAUGAUAACGAAAUAAUUAAAUGUGACAAAGUAUUUUCCAAAAAACAAAAACUCGAAGAUGAAGAGAGUUUAAAAAGAGAUAAGCAAAUAGUUGAAAUGGAAAGAUUAAGAAUUGAAAAAGAAAGAGAAGAGAGACAAAAAUUACAAAGACUCAGAGAAAUAGAAAGAGUUCAAAAAGAAUAUAGAGAAAGGGAGGAAAUAGAAAGAAUUAAAAUAAUGGAAAUAGAAAGACAAAUAAAAGAAGGUCUUGAAAGAAAAAAAUUGGAAAUUAUUCAAAGGGAAAGAGAACAAAUGGAAAAAGAAGAAAGAUCAAGACUUCAAAGAAUCCAAAAAGAUAGAGAAAGAGCAGAAAAGAUAAGACAAAGACAGGAAACAGAAAGAGUAAGAGAACAAAGACAAAGAGAAAUAGAGGAAAGACAAAGGGUAGAAAGAGAAAGAGAAGAAAGGGAAAGAUUAGAAAGAAUUCAAAGGGACAAUGAAGAAAGAGAGAGGGACGAAAGAGAAGCAUCAGAAAGAGAAAAUUUGGGAAGUGAACGUUUAGAAAGCGAGGACAAAUGCACAAUUUGUCUUAACUUUAUCGAUAGAAAUGAAAUGGCUACAAUCGAUUGCCUUCAUAAAUUUUGUUUUACAUGUAUCGAACAAUGGUCUAGACGUAUCAACACCUGCCCAAACUGUAGAGAAGAAUUUUAUAACAUCACAGUAAUGCCAACAUAA